AUGUCUGCUUCUAUCAUCAAUUCCUCAAUAUUCAUUCUCAGGGGGUUCCUUGGCUUAUACCAGUAUAACUGGUUUUCAAUUCCCUUCUCCUCCAUCUAUGCUACGAUUUUCCUGGGAAACUGCCUGGUGCUGCACGUGAUCCGGACUGAGCCAAGCCUGCUCCAGCCUAUGUUCUAUUUCCUGGCCAUGCUGGCCCUCACCGACCUGUGCAUGGGGCUGUCCACGGUUCACACAAUGCUGGAGAUCCUGUGGGGGCUCAGCCAGGAAGUCAAGCUGGAUGCUUGCAUUGCGCAGACUUAUUUUGUCCAUGGUCUCCCCUGCACAGAGUCUGGAGUCCUUCACGCCAUGGCCAUUGAUCGCUUUACCGAAAUCCACAGUCCUCUGAGAUACACAUCCAUCCUGACUAAUAAUAGAAUCAUUCAUUUCAUGGUGAUCAUUGCGGUGAGAAGUGCUAUGUCUAUCCUCCCUGUCAUCAUUCGUUUGAAGUUCUUUCAUUAUUGCCACCCCCACAUCCUCUCUCACUCUUUCUGCUUGCACCAGGACCUACUCCGGCUGGCCUGCUCUGACAUUUGCUUCAACAGCUUCUAUGCCCUGGCUCUGGUGAUUUGUACCUUGCUGUUGGAUGCCACACUUAUUAUCAUCUCCUACAUUUUUAUUUUACAUACAGUGCUGGCAAUUGCAUCUUGAGAAGAGAGGCUCAAGUCUUUGCAGAGCUGUGUGUCCUACAUUUGUGCUGUCCUGGUUUUUUAUAUUCCCAUUAUUGGUCUCACCAUGGUCCAUCGCUUUGGGAAACAUCUGUCACCUUUGGUUCAUGUCCUUAUGGGCAAUAUUUACAUUCUCUUUCCACUCCUGAUGAAUUCAAUCAUCUGCAGUGUAAAGACCAAGCAGAUACGAAGCAGGAUAAAAAAGUUUUUUUGUUUGUUUUUUUUUUUGAAAAUAUAG